UAUACAUGUUUGUCUUGUUUAUUUUGGUAGAAAAUGAUGCAUCCUGUUGCCAGCAGUAAUACAGCUUUCUGUGGGACUGGCAAGAGUUCUUGCCUUAAUGAAGACAACGUGAGAGCCACUGACCAGUUUGAUUUAUAUUCCACACAGCAAAGCAAAUACAGCCACGCAGUCAGCCACAAACCAAUUGCAUGCCAGAGACAAGACACGUUAAAUGAGUCGCACUUGCAGACCGCAAGUGGCAGGAAUAUAGAGACAAAAGAUGAACUAAAGAAAAAGAAAAACCUUAACCGGUCUGGCAAACGCGGAAGGCCUUCGGGGACCACAAAAUCAGCAGGGUACCGAACCAGCACAGGUCGACCCCUUGGGACCACCAAAGCAGCUGGAUUUAAGACAAGUCCAGGCAGACCCUUGGGUACAACUAAAGCUGCAGGAUACAAAGUCAGCCCAGGGAGACCUCCAGGAAAAAAGCAGCAAGCCUUCAGGUGUUCCAGUGAUGCCUAACACAUAAUGAGCUGGACUUUAUGCUGUACUUUACAAUAGGUGUGUUGCAUUUUUUGGGGGACUGUGUAUGCACUGGCAACUAAGACAAUGAACCUCAACAGUACUGGAUGGCUUCUUAGUCAAUGUGUAAAUUAAUGGCAGCGAAACUGCUACUAAAAUAUAGUUUCUCCACGCUGAAGCUAUGAAAUCAGUCGUACAUUCUGUUUCUCAACAAACUCAAAAGUAUGAGACUCUUAGUAAUUUUUCUGAGAAUGGUUUAACUUCUGACACACAAAAUGCUAACAUGAGCUAAUCACCCUCAGGAUAUGUGUUGUAUUGGCUGUUUAUCAGAUGAUUUUUUUUUUUCAACAAAAGGCUGCUUUAAACCCUUUCCUGAACUCUUCUUGGAAAGCAGUCCUCUUCAGCUGAAUGUAAUAACUACAGAAGUGUCAUGCCAUGCUGGCAAGAAACAUGUUGCAUGUCACUAAUGUAUCUUCAAGUAACUCCACUACUUACCUUCUGUUUAUCCUGUUCACCUGUUUCAUUUUGCACUUGUGCAUCUACUCAAUGGUGCUGUGCUGUGUGUCAGGAGAUAAUGCAGGUGUAUUAUUCUUCUUCUAGUAUAAUGAAUUUUGUAUUCAAGUAUGCUGAUGAAAUAAUGAAAUUGUCUAAGCAAUUUAUGUUCAUUACAGUGUUUAUUAAUUAUAUCAGAUGAAAUAUAAUCCCAGUAAAAAUGAUGAACAUUGUCAGUUUUCGUGAAAGGAUGAACGUAAGCUAGAAAACUGUGUUCACAGAGUCUGGAAAGGGCCUCUUGGCACCCUGGAUUUUAAGACCAGAAGUACACUGCUGGGCAUUUCCUGAUUCUGGUUUAUUUUAUAUUUGAGUAUAGUUUUUGUGCCAUGCUGUGAGGGGAAAAAGAAGUCAAGAAGUCAAAGUGAAAUAUGAAUGGAAUCUUCAGAUAUUUUUGCUUUGCCUAUAUAUAACUUGUGCUUUUUAUUUUUCCUUUUUCUUUUCUUUUAACCCUGUCUCUUGUCAUGACAAACACUGAAACAGCAUGUUUAAUGCCUAAAUUUUGCUGUUAUCAAUGGGAAAACUGGCCUUUUUCCCCAUAUUAUGAAAACAUUAUUUGCAAAGUAAAUGGCUAAUUUUAUACUAUGUACCAUAAUUCUGUUCUUCAUAAACUAGAAUUACUGUUAUGUAUUAACACUGUUCAGAAAAUGAUCUGUACGUCAUGUUUGUGUGUUAAUGAUUUCUUUUAAGUAUCAGAUUUCUACUAUGUCUUAUUUAUACAUACGUGAAACCAUUACCAUCAUUAAGGAGUAACAGCAAGCUAAUACAAAAGCCACUGUUUAAAGUGCAUACAGUAACUUCUAUUCGAUUUCUGAUUGCAUUUAAACUCUAGAACCAAAUAAUUUUGCUACUGUUUUAAGUCUUGCACUGGACAUUUUCAGAAUACUAGCAGCACGGUUUGGCAGGAAAAAGAAAGAUGGCUGCCAUCAGAAGGUAGCUAACUUUUAAACCUAUGGUGGUAUUUUUCAACAUCAGCAGUUGGCUUGGUCAUUUGAGCAACAGUCUUUACAUGUUACAUUUACUUCAAAUUAAUCAAAGAAAACAUCAAAACCCAUUGAACAUCUCUUUUCUGAAGUGUGCUUUCGUUUCGCCAGAGAUUUUUCUUAAGCGUUCAGUCAAGACCCUACCAAACCAAGUAAUUAAGAAGUGAUGUGUCUGAGAAAAGAAUCACUUUGAUCUAAAAUACGUAAAGUAAUUCUGAUCAGAACUUCACUUUUUUUUCCAUUUUGAAGAGCUUUAAAAGGCAGAGCAGUUUAAGGUUAUUUGUCUAUUGGUUUCAUUAGUUAUGACUCUGCUUUUUUGUUACUAUAUGUACAGUAAUGUUUCAUACUAUCCCUAUAGACCAUUACAAAUAAAACAAUCGCAGUUGUAAAGACUUUGAAAUGCAAACAUUGUUUCUGACCACAAGAUAAGUUUGUUCCUCUUUUAUUAUAAUGCAUAUAUUUUAACGUUGCUUAAAUAUAUUUAUGAACUCUAGUUAGAGACUAGAGCUUUUUCUUUGCAUUUUUUUCCAAGUAGGUAAAUUUUUUUUAUGAAAAAUAUGAUGAUGGUAUGAUCAUUUUUUAGGAACGUUAUGCUCAUUGCUUGGUAAUUUGGACCACUUUGAUUCUUUAUCUUUUACAAUUUGCUUUUCCACAGGUUCAUUUUGGAGGAAACAAUUAUCCAUUAAGUAACUUAGAUCAGCACCCUGCCCUCUGCUGUAAAAAGCCUGAUUAGAUACUGUGUAUGUUUUUAUGUCCAUGAACUUGAGCUACUCGUGUGCAGUUAUGUGUAUGGGAAUGGAGUAGUGUUCAUGAUCUGUAUUUACAUCAUCAUAUGGAUGUAUAUUUAUUAAUAAAGUCAGUACUUUAAAACCAAA